AUGUUUUCCAGAUCAUUAUUAAGAACUGCCACCAGAUUACCAACCACCACCACCACCAGAAUCAUCAAUUCAUCUAUAAUCAGACCAACCAUCAUCAAUCAAUCAUCUUUACUCAUCUCCAAUAAAAGAUCUUAUCAUGCUAAAGUUAUAGAUCAUUAUGAAAAUCCUAGAAAUGUCGGAACUUUAAAUAAAAAUGAUGUUGAUGUUGGAACUGGAUUAGUUGGAGCUCCAGCUUGUGGGGAUGUUAUGAGAUUACAAAUUAAAGUUAAUCCUGAAUCAGGUAUAAUAGAAGAUGUUAAAUUUAAAACCUUUGGUUGUGGAUCUGCUAUUGCUUCUUCUUCUUAUGUAACUGAAUUAGUUAAAGGUAAAACUUUAGAUGAAGCUUUAAAAAUUAAAAAUACCAUUAUUGCAAAAGAAUUAAGUUUACCUCCUGUUAAAUUACAUUGUUCAAUGUUAGCUGAAGAUGCUAUUAAAUCGGCCGUUAAAGAUUAUAAAUCAAAAAGAUUAGUUAAACAACCAACUUUAGGUCCUGAAUCCAUGGUUGAAGAAGUUGCCACCACUAAUUAA